AUGUUUGGGGAGGGGUGUUGGCCGGCUGUUUUAGCCGGAGAAGCAGAGCAGCAUCGGCUGCUCGGCGUGGCAGGAGGAGGCGGCGCCGGCGCUGCUGCUGCUGCUGUGCUGUUGUCGGACGGAGCGAGGGCGACGGUGUCGCCGGAUCUGGAGGAAAAGAAGAGGCAGCGGCGCUGCAUGUUUGGCAGCAGCUCGCCGGCCGCUCGCGGCCGAGGCAGGCGGAGUCUGAAGCGCGGCGGCGCAGCUGGUGGCUCACCGGAGUUUGAAGGGAGAGGGAGCAGCGGCAGAUUGAGAGGGAGAAUCGGAGGUGGUGGUGGCGAGGACGGCGGCGCGGCGGUCCUUCGGGGUGCUGCUGCUCGCCCGGCCGAGAGGAAGAAAGAAGAGGAGGCGGCAGCUGCUGCCGUGCUGCUGCCGGUCAAGAAGGAGACGAGUGAAGGGGAGGCGGCGGCUGCUGCGGUCGAUGCGGCGCCGGCGGUGGCUUCCGCUGCCGUCGACGGAGAAGAGGGAGAGAUGGAGGAGAAGAGAGAGGGCUGGGAGAAAAGGGAUAGAGAGGAUAAGAGAGAGAAGUUGGAGAAGAGAGAGGGGGAGGGGGCGGCUGCCGGCCUCCGUCGGGCGGCGCCGCCGUCAGGCGGCGGCGGCAGCAGCGUGAAAGGGAGAGAGUGA